AUGACGCCGUUGCACGGUGCUCUCGACAACAGUGACGACAGCGUAUUCGGCGUGGACAGCGCGGAGAACGCGGACGGCGAGGGCGACGACAGUGACGCUGGCGAGGCCGCGCUUCGCAGCGAGGUGUCGAAACUCCUCCUCGCAUCGCCGCAUCCCUCGGACGACCCGGAAACCCCCGAGAUGAUCGGUGGCAAGCGCAAGUCGUGGCUUCGUGCUGCCCCUCGCACGGCCACAUCAGCAGGACCCUCUUUCGUCCGCGCGAACGACGCUGAAGGAGCCAACGCGAAGGGGGGGAGCGCGUCACGCCCGAAUGCCCGCGCCUUGUCAGUGCGGAGGGCGCCAUUUCCGCCGCUACCGGCGGCAACAGCCGCAGGAGAAGCAGCGUCAACAGCGGCAGUGACUGUGGCAGCAGCAGGCGCAGGAGGAGGGAGCGCGGGGAAGCGGUCUCGUGCCACGUGGCAGGUGAAUAGCGAGGGUAUCGUCACCGCGCUGGAGCGUCAGCUGUCCCUGCCAGCACGCAGUUACUGGCGCUAUCAUGCCCGAGCUCUGCCGCUGGUGAAAGAAGCAGAGCACGCAGAGCACGCCGUACAGGCAGACCCUAUGAUGCUGGCAGAGAAGGCAGUGCGGACGGUGCGGACAGUGCGGACAGUGCGGACAGUGCGGACAGGCAAGGGGCUAACCGCUCGCUCCACCACCUCCCAAUCCACUCAAGCCAAGAAGCCUCGCCUCCUUGCGCACGCGGAUAGCUGCGACCUCCCCCCUCCGCGCCCCCUUUCCCCCGUGGCGCGCGGGACACGCCUCCCAGUUGGGGGAGGAGGGGGAGGUGGAGGAAGGGGAAGUGACAGAAGAGGGGAUUCCCCGGAUAGUGUGGAGGGCAGAAGCGGAGGGGGAGGGGAGGAGAGGGUGUCUGGUCGUUGCUUCCCCUCCCCACUCCAUUCAAGCCGCUGGGGGAGUGGGUGGGGGCAGGCGGAGAGGCACAUGGGCGGAGAGAAUAGCGAACAGGCGCGAGCACCAGGGGGGUGUGCUGCAGAGAGUAAUGCAGGCUGGACGGACUGGGGUGGAGAGAGUGGUGAGCAGGCGUCAGCAGCAGAAGGGAGUGUUGAGGAGGGGGGUGAUGCAAGCAGGUGUGGCUGGCAGCAGGAGGCUUCUGAUUCGACAAAGGGCUUCUCCUCCCCAGGCCGUGCAGGCCGCUAA